AUGUCGUCGUCCCUCUUCUCUGCCCAGUUGUAUCCCGGGCGGGCCCUUGGAUUUCUUGUCCUCGGGGCCUCACUCCAUGACAUAUUGACACGAAUCAAAGCCGAACCACAACGUUUCCCCAAGAUCGACUUGAUCUACGAUUCACAAAUUCCAGUUACAAAGGAAACCAUCGUUGGCUUGCCGGCCAACGGUCUCCGGUUGCAAUUUGACGGGCCAGAACAACGACUCCGAUUAAUCGAAGUCAUCGACUUUACGAAAAACCACAUAUUCUUCAAGCCAGCAAAUGAUAAAGAGCGAGACCUUGUCCGGCCACCGAGCGAUCUCCCCGCGGCCGACAGCACGCCCGAACCAACAUUCCGACACAUUUACCAACGCUUCUUGGGCCCUACUUAUGGUGGAGAGUUCGUGAAGAAGCCUGGAAAUGCUGGAUUGUACAUCCUCUCGUACCCGGGCGUGGGUUUCGUCUUUCCCAUGAAAAAGACCCAGUAUUCGCCAAAUAAGGAUGUUGUCUCUUUGCUGUCAUCCACGGCGGUGCCCCAAUCCAUGGCCAUCUUCAGUGGUGACUCGUGGGCACAGGCUCGCAAGACAAUGUGGACAGAAGUGCUCCCCAGCAUCAAGACUUUCGCCCCUCUAAACAAGGGUAAAGAUGUCUGCCCCGAUGAGGUGUCGCUUGUGAAACUCCACGGUGGUGGUAAAGUACAGCUCUUUCGGAAAUGGACCAACAACUCGUUCUGGAUAUUCUUCGGUGAGACUACCCCUCAGGAACUAGUAGCCGAACUGGGGCCCCCAGAUGCUAUAUAUCGCAAGAAUGACCAGCGCAUGUACAUCCAUAAGUUGAGGACAGCAAGCAACGCAGCCGGGAGACCAAACGGCAAGGAUCUCAAGGACGACAUGACGGAUACGGACCAGUCAUCUCUGAACCACUCUGACGGCUAUCAAUCCAACGAGGAGGAGGAGGAGGUUGUCGAGGACGAAGCUGUUAAUGUAGCAGGGGAGUGUUUCUACAAUUACUUUUACCUUGGGUUUGAUAUCCUGGUUUCAACGCCCACAGAGCCGUCAGAGACUCCCCCUUCGUCAAGCGGCAAGUCACUACCUGGACCACUUGUCAGAUCCACAAACCCUCACCGACAGGUGGCAACAAAGCUGAUCUUGCACGGCAACGUGCCGGGUUCCUAUCCGUUCAACCGGCACCGUCGGUGUAGGUGGGAGAUUGCCUAUCUUGCCAAGGGAGAUCACGAUGACAAAGUGCCAAACUCGGAGACAUACUUUCCAGAUCUGGAGAAGAAGUUGAAGGAGGAGUGGAAGUCGAUGUAUGCCUCGGAGAGCGAAGCCCAGCAGAAGCAGAGGGGUAUGGUCCUGAACCGCGGCUGGGGUGAUUCGCCGGGCAGCAGUAUAGAGAUGCUGGGCGGGUGGGAAGAACCCGGGGCCGGUAUGGGUAACAAGUUUGAUGGGGGUGAGGACUCUACGACAACACUGUAUGGGUACCCGGGCUUGGUGUUUGAGGUGUUGAGAAGUGGGUUUGUGAGUGCUGUUACCGUCUUUUAA